CCAUGAAGAAGGAGGGCAUGCCGUACGUGGGUGUUCUGUACCCUGGUUUCAUGCUCACCCCCACGGGCCCUAAGAUCGUCGAGUUCAACUGCCGCUUCGGUGACCCGGAGACGCAGGUGGUGCUCCCGCUGCUGCACAGCGACCUGUUCGAGAUCAUGCGUGCUUGUGUUGAGCACCGCCUGGAGCGCUCUCUGGUGUCCUGGAAGAGCGGUGCUGCGGCUACUAUUGUGAUGGCGUCGCAGGGAUACCCGAACAGCUACCCCAAGGGCAAGGUUAUCACGGGUCUGGGUGACGCCCAGUCGAUGAAGGACGUCGACGUUUUCCACGCUGGCACGGCGAACGCUGCGGAUGGCAGCAUCGCUACGUCGGGUGGCCGCGUGCUUGCUGUCACUGCCGUUGGCCCCUCGCUGCAGGGUGCUCUUGACCGCGCGUACAAGGGCGUUUCCAAGAUUCACUUCGAGGGAGCUCAGUACCGUUCGGACAUUGGCCUUAAGGGCCUGCUGCACGGCGCUAAGAAGCUCAAGCUUGCGGUGCUUGGCUCCACCCGUGGCAGCAGCAUGCAGCCUAUCAUUGACGCCAUUGAGGCUGGCGAGCUGAAUGCCAGCAUCGACAUCGUGGUGAGCGACAAGGCUGCUGCUGGCAUUCUGGAGCGUGCCAAGACCCACAACAUUGAGUCCGUGGCUCUCUCGGCCAAGGGUCUGUCACGUGCCGAGUUCGAUGCCCAGGUGUCUGAGGUGCUGAAGAAGAAGAGCGUGGACCUCGUGCUGCUCAUCGGAUACAUGCGCAUUCUCUCGGGCGAGUUCUGCAAGGAGUGGGAAAACAAGGUGCUGAACGUCCACCCGUCGUUGCUGCCGGACUUCGCUGGUGGCAUGGACCUUGCCGUUCACCGCGCCGUCCUGGACGCGAAGAAGACCGAGAGCGGCUGCACUGUGCACUUCGUGACGGAGCAGGUGGACGCCGGUCCGAUCGCUGUGCAGAUGAAGUGCCCCGUGCUCGAGGCUGACACGCCGGAGACGCUGAAGGCGCGCGUUCAGCCUCUCGAAGGCGCUGCCUUCUUGCACGCCAUCAAGCUGGCCCAGACUGGUCUGCUGUUCAAGAACAAGGCCGGAAAGAAGGAGAUCACGUACGCGGACGCUGGUGUCAGCAUUGACGCCGGUAACGAGCUGGUGAACCGGAUCAAGCCGCUUUGCAAGUCGACCGUGCGCGUUGGAUGUGACGCAGACCUUGGUGGCUUCGGCGGCAUCUUCGACCUGCAGGCUGCGGGCUACGACAAGGACACGGCGCUUGUGGCGUGCACGGAUGGUGUGGGUACCAAGCUGCGUGUUGCGCAGCUCGCCAAGAAGCACGACACCGUGGGCAUCGACCUUGUCGCCAUGUGCGUGAAUGACCUGAUUGUGCAGGGCGCAGAGCCGCUGUUCUUCCUGGACUACUAUGCUUGCGGCAAGCUCGAGGUGAACGAGGCCGCUGAUGUGGUGAAGGGCAUUGCCGAGGGCUGCCGUCAGUCGGACUGCGGUCUUAUCGGUGGUGAGACUGCUGAGAUGCCUUCCAUGUACCACGACGGCGACUACGACAUGGCUGGCUUCUGCGUGGGUGCUGUCCGCAAGAACGCCAUCCUGCCGCUGCCGGUGCAGGCUGGCUUCACUGUGCUCGGUCUGACGUCGUCGGGUGUGCACUCGAACGGUUUCUCGCUCGUGCGCAAGCUCGUGGAAGUGUCGGGCCUCGCCUACAGCGACCCGUGCCCGUUCGAGGCUGGCAAGACCCUGGGCGAGAGCCUGCUUACCCCUACCAAGAUCUACGUGAAGCAGCUGAUGCCCACCGUGAAGGCGGGCCUCAUCAAUGCUUUGGCUCACAUUACGGGCGGCGGUCUCCUGGAGAACGUGCCCCGCGUGCUGACCAAGGACCUGGCUGUCGACAUUGACUGCUCGAGCUGGCCGCUGCCGCCCGUGUUCAAGUGGCUGCAGCAGAUGGGCAACCUCUCCAACACCGAGCUCGCCCGCACCUUCAACUGCGGUAUCGGCAUGGUGCUGCUGCUGCCCGAGGCCAACGUGGCCGAGGUGACGCGCCAGGUCGAGGCGACCGGCGAGAAGGUUUACCGUCUCGGUACGACUAUCGCGCGCGCGCCUGGCGCCGAGCAGGUGGUCCUGCGUGGCACCAUGGCGUAAUUGCGCUUAGUUAGCUAGUGGAGGCUUCGAUACUGAAGUUACUUUGUGCGUUCCAAUACAUUUGAUUCCCUAGAUUUUUCGUGCCCAUGUUGUUGAUUUCUGGUGUGGCGCACACAGGAAUCAGGAAUUUGCCACGAGUGCAGCAGGCAGGAUCCGUCCGUUGACGCAUUGUCGGUUCACUCCCAGAUAUUCUCCCCUGCCCCAAGCAACGACAGCAGCCUCCGCGCUCAUCAUGGCCACACCCUCGAACCCCACGGAGAAGGUGCCGCCCCCGGCCCUCAAGGUAUGAGCUCGUCGCUGUCUGUAGCCAUUGCAGCGUUGAACGAAGGAAGGCUAAGUGCUCUUUCAUUUGCUUUGCUUACCCUUAGGCGACGGUGGGCCCGAACCCGACCACGAACCGCGGCGCCCCCAGCGUGCUCGGCAUCCACCCCAAGGAGCCCAAGCUCAUCUACUGCAGCGGCAAGCUCGUGGUGGUGCGCAACCUGGACGACCCGACGGACACGUUCGUGUACAAGGGCCACAAUGAGCCCACGACCGUAGCCAAGUUCUCGCCCAACGGCUACUGGGUCGCGUCGGGCGACGUGUCGGGAAAGGUGCGCGUGUGGUCGUACGACAACCCGGAACACACGCUCAAGCUCGAGAUCCCCGUGUUCGCCGGCGAGAUCAAGGACCUGUCGUGGGACCCGGACAGCAAGCGCAUCGUGGCUGUGGGCGACGGCCGCGGCCUCAUGGCGCGCGUCUUCAUGUGGGACACGGGCAACAGCAUCGGCGAGAUCGUGGGCCACCAGAAGCGCAUCCUCAGCGUGGACUACCGCCAGACGCGCCCGUUCCGCAUCAUGACGGCCAGCGAGGACUUCAACGUGUGCGUGUUCGAGGGCCCGCCCUUCAAGUUCAAGCAGAACAACAACAACCUGCACUCCAACUUCGUCAACUGCGUGCGCUUCUCGCCCAACGGCGAGCUCGCGGUCAGUGUCGGUUCGGACAAGCUCAUGUGCCUGUACGACGGCAAGUCUGGCGAGCUGGUUGACAAGUUCCCGGCCGCCCACCAGGCGUCCAUCUACUCUGUCUGCUGGAGCCCGGAUGGCACGCAGCUGCUGACCUCGUCGGCCGACAAGACGGUGCUGCUCUGGGAUGUGGCUUCGCGCAGCGUGGUCACCAAGUUCACCUUCGGUGGCGCCAAGCCCCAGGUCAAGGACAUGCAGGUGGCAGUGGCCUGGUGCCAGAACCACCUCAUCUCGCUGAGUCUGUCGGGCGACCUCAACUUCCUCGACCUGGAGAACCCCUCGCAGCCCAAGCAGAUCGUGCAGGGCCACCAAGUUAGCAUCCUGUCGCUCGCUACGGAGGCGUCGCAGAACCGCAUCCUGACCGGCAGCUACGAUGGCGUCGUGUGCUCGUGGACGUCGAAGCUCGCCAAGGCUCUGGCGGGCACUCACCACACUGCCAAGAUCACCGGUAUUGCUGCCACGUCGAACCAGAUCGCGAGCAGCGGUUGGGAUGAUCAGCUGCGCUUCGCCAACGAUGACGAAUACACUGCUGCUACUGCACUGAACGCGCAGCCCAACGGUGUGGCUCUUACCGAGUCGGGUCUCGCAGUGGUGAGCACCAACAAGGGUGUGAAGCUGCUGCGCGACCAGAAGCUGGUGUUCGAGACGCCCGAAUUCUCGUGGACGCCUACGUGCGUGGCCAUUUCGCCGUCGGAGGACCUCGUGGCGGUCGGCUCGCAGGAGGACAUGAAGAUUCACCUGUUCGACGUGGUGAACGGCUCUUCCCUUGUCGAGAGCGGUGAGAUCAGCGGCCACCUGGGCGC